AUGAGAAGAGACCAAGUCUUUAAAGUGUGUGCAAACCAUGUUAUUACCAAAACAAUGGAAUUAAAACCCUUAAAUGUUUCAAACAAUGCUUUAGUUUGGACUGCCUCGGAUUAUGCUGAUGGCGAAGCCAAAGUGGAACAGCUUGCAGCAAGAUUUAAAACUAAAGAAAUGGCUGAUUGUUUUAAGAGAAAAUUUGAAGAAUGUCAACGGAAUUUAUCGAAACUCCAGAAGGGACAGGUAUCACGGACAGCAGAAUUAUCAAAGGAGACAAAUCCUGUGGUGUUUUUUGAUGUUUGUGCAGAUGAUGAACCUCUAGGACGUAUAACCAUGGAAUUAUUUUCAAACAUUGUUCCUCAAACUGCUGAAAACUUCAGAGCACUAUGCACUGGAGAGAAGGGUUUUGGUUUCAAGAACUCCAUUUUUCACAGAGUAAUUCCAGAUUUCGUUUGCCAAGGUGGAGAUAUCACCAAACAUGAUGGAACAGGAGGACGGUCCAUUUAUGGAGAUAAAUUUGAAGAUGAAAAUUUUAAUGUGAAACAUACUGGUCCUGGCUUCCUAUCAAUGGCUAAUCGAGGCCGGGAUACCAAUAAUUCCCAAUUUUUUAUAACAUUGAAAAAAGCAGAGCAUUUGGACUUUAAGCAUGUAGUAUUUGGGUUUGUUAAGGAUGGCAUGGAUACUGUGAAAAAGAUUGAGUCAUUUGGUUCUCCUAAAGGAUCUGUUAGUCGAAGAAUUAGUAUCAAAGAAUGUGGACAGAUAUAA